AUGGAGAAAAAAAGGCACUUUCCAAGGUAUAAAGCAGAAGAUAUGAGUAGGGGAUUCAAUUUUAGAUUGGGAAUGGAGUUUAAGUCUUUGAAGGAUUUUAAGAGUGCCCUACAGGAGAAUAGCGUGUUGAAUGGAAAAGAAGUGAAGUUUGUCAAGAAUGAUUUGAAGAGAGUAAGGGCAGUUUGUAAGAAAGGGUGUGGUUUUCUUAUUAUGGCUAGCAAGGUAGGAAGUAGCCAAACCUUUAGAGUCAAAACUCUAGUUGGGCACAAUUGUGGAAGGACUUUUGGAUGCAAAAGUGCAAGUGUAGAAUGGAUUGCACAGGUGUUGGUUGACAGAUUUGUGAAUGUUGCAGGGAUGACAUCCAUUCAAAUCAUAGAUGAAAUAAAAAAAUCAUAUAGUGUUGGAAUAACUUAUUGGAAGGCUGCAAGAGCUAAGAGAAUUGCAAUGGAUUGUUUAGUGGGUGAUGGAGAAAGACAAUAUGGUCGUCUGUAUGACUAUGUGGCUGAGUUAUUAAGAGUCAAGGCUGGGACCUUCAAGAUUAAGGUCAAUCAACCCCAACCCACCUUGCCACCAAGAUGGAUGUCACUUGAAGACAAGUUAUGGAGGGCAGUAGGAAGAGACCCUAAUGACCAGUAUUUCCCACUAGCUUUUGCAGUGGUAGAAACAGAAUGCAAAGACACCUGGAUGUGGUUUUUGACACAACUGCUUGAUGAUAUUGGAGGCAUAAAUUGUCAAAGGUGGAUCUUUAUUUCAGAUCAGCAAAAGGGAUUAAUGUCAGUUUUUGAUGAUAUCUUGAAUGGAGUGGAACACAGGUUGUGUUUACGCCAUUUAUACAACAAUUUCAAGAAAAAAUUUGGGGGAGGCCUAGUCAUUAGAGACCUCAUGAUGGGGGCUGCGAAGGCAACAUACCAUAAGGAAUGGGAGAAAAAAAUGGGUGAGUUAAAAAAUCUGAAUGUUGAUGCCUUUAAUUGGUUAAUGGGUAUUCCAACUAAAUUUUGGUGUAAGCAUGCUUUUAGUGCUUAUCCUAGGUGUGAUGUGUUGAUCAAUAACUUGUCUGAGUCAUUUAAUAGUACUAUUUUGUUGGCAAGGGACAAACCUAUAAUUACAAUGAUGGAAUGGAUUAGAUCAUACUUAAUGAAAAGGUUUGCAAGCCUUAGAGAAAAAGUUGACUCAUAUCCUGGUGAUGUUAUGCCUAAACCGAGGAAAAGAUUAGAUAAGGAGGUUGAAAAAAGUGGUAAUUGGCUUCCUGUUUGGGCAGGUGGUUCACAAUUUGAAGUAACUCAUGGCUUUACCAUGGACAAGUUUGUUGUUGAUUUAAGUAAUCACACAUGUACUUGUUACUUGUGGGAUUUGGUAGGAAUACCAUGUAGACAUGUUGUUGCUGCCAUUCAUUACAAAUCAGAAAACCCAGAAAAUUAUGUUCAUCCUUACUAUAAAAAAGAUGCCUAUAGAACUUGUUAUGCACCAAUUAUAAGUCCUAUCAAUGGACAACAACUUUGGCCUACCUCUGACUCUCCACAACUACUGCCUCCUAUUUACAAAACACCUCCUGGGAGGCCAAAAAAAUUAAGAAGACGAGAAGCUGAUGAAUAUGUCACCCAUGGAAAAUUGUCAAAGACCAAUACUGCUAUAAGAUGUAGCAGUUGCAAUGCAUACGGACACAAUUUAAGGACAUGUAAAAAGAGUCAGAACAGAAAGAACAAAAGGGGUGCUUCUGCAUCAACACCUGGAUCUGCUGCAGGAAGGGGAGCAGCUGCAGGCAGGGGGGCAUCAUCCUCAACAUUAGAAGCUGGAAGGGGAUCGGCCAGAUCUGCAGAGGCUGGGGAUGCAUCAACUUCAGGAGCUGGAGGAGCUGCAACUAUGCGUGAAGGAGGAACAAGAGCAUCCUCAAGACUGGGUGGACAAAUUCUAGGGUCUCAAGCAAGUUGUAAUUGA